GGGGCCGGGGGGCCGGAACGGGGCGUGGAUUCGCCGCCGCCGAGGGCCCGGGGCCGGACCGGACAGAGGGACGGAGAGACGGCCGCGCCGGGGGCUGCCCGAGCCCAGGCCCAGCUCCAGCCCCCGCGCCAUGGCGCUCUGGGCCCUGGUCUCCAAGAUGCCUCCCGAGCAGUUUCGGGAUCUGUUCCGGGAGUUUCCGCAGCGCCUGCGCCACCUGCUGGCCGAAUGGCUGGAGAGCCAGCCGUGGGAGUUUCUCGGAGGCUCGGACGCCUUCUGCUGCAGCAUGGCCAGCGCCCUCCUCUCCGCCAUGGUCCAGCGGUUGCAGGCGGCCGCAGGAGAUCAGGCCGAAGCCAGACAGAUCCUCCAGCACGUCAGCCACCUGGAGACCAUGUAUCAGCGAGACCCCCUGAAACUGGUGGCUACCUUCAAGCUGAUCCUCCAGGGGGAGAAAGCAGCAGUGAUGAAACAGUUCAACCACCUGCCCCUGACCUUCCAUCGGAAGCAGGAAGAGCUCAAGUUUGGAGUGGCACUGGGGCGGCUGCGGCACCGAGUGCGAGACAUCCGCGUCGCUGGGCAGACCUUGCGGCAGCGCCAGGAUCCUGUGCCAGGUUGUCUGCAGGGUGUGAUGGAAACUCAGUGCCAGGGGCUUGAGGCCCUGUUGCAGGAGGCCGCGGCCGAGCUGGAGAACGCCAGAGACCUGGUCCUCAGGCGGAUCCAGAUCUGGAAGCGCCAGCAACAGCUGGCCGGCAACGGGGCCACAUUCGAGGAGAGUCUGAACCCUCUGCAAGAAAGGUGUGAGAACCUUGCGGAUGCCUUCUCAGAGCUGCACCGGGAGCUGAGUGAAGCCAGCAGCCACUUAGAGCCCGAGGUCCACACUGCGCUGGCUGCCCGAAUGGAGGAGGCCCUGCGCUGUCUGGUCACCGGUUGCUUUCUGGUGGAGCGACAGCCCCCACAGGUGCUGAAGACUCAGACCAAGUUCCAAGCCACCGUCCGUUUCUUACUGGGGGCCCGGCUGCUGGGGACCCCCACCGUGACACCAUUGGUCCGAGCUGAUGUCGUCACGGAGAAGCAGGCGCGGGAGUUGAUGCAAGCUCAGGGAGCUGGAGCCCCCCACCCGGAGAGCACAGGUGAAGUCAUCAACCACACGGCCCCCCUGGAGCACAGCGUCCCAGGAAACUGCAGCUCAGCUGUCUUCAAAAACCUGCUGCUGAAGAAGAUCAAGCGCUGCGAGCGGAAGGGCACCGAGUCAGUGACGGAGGAGAAAUGUGCCGUCCUCUUCUCCGCCUGCGUUACCCUUGGUCCCAACAGCACCUCCUUCCGUCUGCAGGCCCUGUCUUUGCCCCUCGUGGUCAUCGUCCAUGGGAACCAAGACAACAAUGCCAAGGCCACGAUCCUGUGGGAUAAUGCCUUCUCAGAGAUUGAACGGGUGCCCUUCGUGGUAGCAGAGCGGGUCCCAUGGGAGCGGAUGUGCGAGACCCUGAACCUGAAGUUCAUGGCGGAGGUGGGCACAGCCCAGGGGCUGCUCCCCGAACACUUCCUUUUCCUGGCGCAAAAAAUCUUCAAUGACAACAGCCUGAGCGCCGACGCCUUCCGGCACCGUGCAGUGUCUUGGGCCCAGUUCAACAAGGAGAUCCUGCUGGGCCGUGGGUUCACUUUCUGGCAGUGGUUCGACGGCGUCCUGGAUCUCACCAAGCGCUGCCUCCGCAGCUAUUGGUCAGACAGGCUCAUCGUUGGUUUCAUCAGCAAACAGUAUGUCAACAGCCUCCUCCUCUGCCAGCCUGAUGGCACUUUUCUGCUCCGCUUCAGUGACUCUGAGAUCGGCGGCAUCACCAUUGCCCACAUCAUCCGCGGCCAGGACGGUUCCGGGCACAUCGAGAACAUCCAGCCCUUCUCUGCCAAAGACCUCUCCAUCCGCUCUCUGGGGGACCGGAUCCGCGACCUGGGGCAGCUCAAGAACCUCUACCCCAAGAAGCCUAAAGAUGAGGCCUUCCGGAGCCACUAUAAGCAGGAGCAGAUCGGAAAGGAUGGCAGAGGCUAUGUCCCGGCUACCAUCAAAAUGACUGUGGAGCGGGACCAACCUCCCCCGACUCUGGAGAGCCAGUUACCCGCCAUGGUGCCCAUCCCGACCUACGACAUCCAGCUCACCCCUGACCCAUCGCUGAGCAUGCAGCUCAGGACAGAGAUGACCCCAGCCUACUCGUCGCCACCAGUGCUGAGCCCGUACCCGACGGAGGAACUGUCCAGAGGCCUCUCCCCUUAUCCCGACCCCACUCAGAGGAUUGCGAUGCCCUGCGAACUGAACCAGAUGAAUCUGCCAUAUGACCAACCAAGUCAUGGGGAGUUGCUGUGUCCAUUGGCCCCUGGGGAUCCUGCAGGACCAAUGUGCUCAGACACUGAGAUGGCAGAUGUGUUUGCCCCAGAGACCUGGGGGAACACUGACCAGUUUCCGCUGAUGGCCCCUUCGGAGCAGGACCUGACACAGCUGCUGCUGGAGUCGGGGGCCGCACAGCCCCCCUUGCCCCUCCCCCAGUAUGGGCCAUCGGGCCUGGCUUCCCUGGACCUGAGGCCGAAGCCCAGCUGGUGACAAGGGUGGCCCAAGCACACUCCUUCCCCCCAUCCCCUUCCGGCAGAGAAAAGGACGGUCCAUGGAGAGAGUGGACAGUGGCAGCCUCUCUCCUUUGGGGAAACAAGGGACCUGUCUCCCUAUACUGCUCCCUCCCGCCCCCCGAGCAGACACCCACAACCCAGACCUGGGAGGAGGGUGGGGGAAAGAGGACCCGGAGAGGACCCACCCCCUUUGGGGGUGGGGGGGCAUUCCAAACAUGGGCUGCCCAGGCAUCCCCAAAUGUACGCAGGCUUCGGAGGUGGGGGCUUAGGGGCAGCCUGGUCUGGUUUCAUACAGAUUAAAACUUUAUGGUAUAUCCUGA